AUGAAAUCAACAGUGUCGUCGACGUUUCUAUGCGUAAAAGGAUCUUAUGCAUGUCGAGAUCAUUACAUCGUUCCGGUGGAUUCACCAUUUGGCGCUUAUCUACUUGAUCAUUGCUGCUUUGUGCCAUACAUUGAUCUUCUCAAAGAUGAACACACUGUCCAUCAUCUACGGCAGACAUUGAAUGACUUAAUCGAAAAACUCACAACUAGCAAAGGUUUUAAUAAACCUAAACCAGAUGAAUUUCAAUUUGCUGGCAAUGGAAGUGGCAUGCCAACCUUCGAUGAUUCUGACCUCGACGAAAAUGACGAUGACGAUGUUGAUUAUAGCCAAGUAACGCAUGGAGGGAUGCCCUCUAUUUAUUCCUUAAUGGAAACGAUGGAUUUGUCCAAAUGGAACUCUCCUCCACCCGAAACGAUGACUGUAAGAAGCGAUCACCCUAGUCCGUAUAAAAAACAAGCAUGA